UGACAGGGACCCCCACCCGAUGCAGAGAAAAUCCUCAGCCCACACAUAGAGAGACCCUCACCUCGCUCUUAGAAGGACCCCCGCCCUGCACAGAGAGGGACCCCCAGCCCACUCUUAGAGGGGCUCCCGCUGAGGACGGCUCUGUGCCGCAGGGACAUCUGGGAGCUGUGGGAGUUGGCACUGUCCUCGGUGGACGUGGUGCCAAAGAUGGUGCGGGAGCUGCUGCGUCUGCUGGAGAUGGCGCCGCUGGGCCUGGAGACCGAGAGCGGCACGCUUACCGUGGCCGCGGCCACGGCGCUCUAUAAGCUCCUGCAGAACCUGGAGUACGGCCCGCAGCUGCGGCUGCUUUUCCCGGAGCUCUUUGUGCUGCUCGUCAUCCAGUUGGUGUCCUCUGGGGAGCUCGGUCCUCUGGAGGCCACCGCCAUCACGGAGGAGCCAUUCCGCCCAAGUGCUCCCACCUCUGCCAUCAGUAUGGUGAUGGAGGCGCUGCGCCUUUUGCUGCUGUGCGCUGACAUGGACAACCUGGCGCUCUGCAUGGAGACCCAAGACCUGUGGGCGCAGCUGCUGGGCGCUGCCACGUGGCGAAAUGGCCUGCGCUCCCUCGCUAAGGUGAUGCUGAGGAAAUGCCAGAGUCAGAGCAGCUGCAUCUUCAGCCACCUGCAGAACCUGCUGCGCUUCCACCAGCUGCAGUGGAGGGAGGUCCCGGCCAUGGCGCUCUACUUCGAGAUGUGGAGCUGCCAGGGGCCCCGGGAUGACGACUCCUGCACGGAGAAGAUCUUCAGGAAAUACAUCGCCAGCAAACGGCCCGAGAGCAGAGAGCUGGCGCUGCGCGGCCUGCAGGACCUUUACGCCGGGAGGACGCAGCUCCUGCUGCCCGACGUGCUGCGGUGGCUGCAGGACGUGCGGGCUGACGUCAAACUGCAGGCCAUGCGUCUGCUGCGGGGCAUCCUGGCACAGCACCCCGCCAGCAUCCCAGGUGCACUCGGCCAGCUGGCCGUGCUGCUGCUGUCCUGCUUCAACGAGGACGAUGUGGAGCUGCGCUGGCGCUCCAUGGAGCUCUUUGCGCUGCUGCUGGAGGCGCCGGGCAGGAAGCAGCUGCUGCCAGAGGCGGAGAGGAGCCUGCUGCCGCUCUUCAUCCACAUGAAUGAGGACAUCCCCAACGUGGCCCAGGCUGCUCAGAACGCUCUGAUCCACGCCGCCAAGCUCCUGGAGUGGCAGCAACUGCAACGCUUGGCCAGCAUGGCGGAGGUCUGGAUGAUCGCUGACUGCCUGCUGCAGAAGAGGGGCAGAUUUGCGGAGCUGUACCUGAAGCAGAUCGUGCUGCACCUGCACAGCCCCCAGGCGCCCGUGAGGGAGGCGGCCGUGCGCUUCCUGGGGAUGCUGGGGCGGCAGCUGAGGCAUGAGAACCAGCAGAUGGUGUUGGACAUCCGUAAAGCCCUGCAGGGCGCCAAGGAGGACAGCGAUCCGGCCGUGCGCUGCCUGGUGCAGCAGACGCUGCUGAUCCUCAGCCUGAUGGAAGAUGUGCCGCACACCAGGCCUGGGGGCAGAGCGCUGUGCCGGUGGUUCCGGAGGAAGAGGAGGCAGUAGUGCAAAUCCAGAGUGUGGAGGUGCUGCAUUCUGCUCCUCACUGCCGCUCCAACGCCAACCCGAAGAGCAACCACCAAGAGCCCCAAAGCAAACCGCGUCCCCAGCCAUAACCAGAACUCCAAGCUGAGCCUCAAGCACGGCCAUCAGCCCAGCUGACUUGCGGAAACUCCGUGACCACAAAGGAGCGAUAAAAGCAGAGGAAUUGCCUGAGUUGCCACCCCUGCGCAGCCGGAUCCGUGUCACCUUUGUGGUGAAAAGCAGCCGAGAACAGGCGAUGUCAGGAAGGAGAGCAGUCAGCUGCCAGCGUCCCGGGGGCAUCUUCU